AUGCUUGAGACAGCAGCACUUUGGGGUUUCACAGGCUCGACAAUGACGAGUCUUAUGUUCUUCUGGGCGAUGUACAAACAGUUUUUCCCUUACCAUCUCCGAGCCACGAUGGAGAGAUACGUCCUCAAGUUGAUGGUAUGGGUCUCAAACUCUGUUCACGUCAAGUUCAACGAGUACACAGGAGAAGGUCUCAAGAGAAGUGAAGCUCACGACUCCAUACGCAACUACUUAUCCUCAAAAUCAACGGCUUCUGCAAAGAGACUAAAGGCUAACGAAACGCAAAACAGCAAGUCGUUGGUGCUUAGUUUGGACGACCACGAGGUAAUUGAAGAUGUGUUCGAUGGUGUGAAGGUGAAAUGGUCUUCAAGUGUGACAAAGAGUGAGAAAAAAUCUGGUUCGAACGACGAGAGAAGGUACCUGACUCUGAGUUUCCAGAAUCGGCAUAGAGAGAUGAUCACAAAGACUUAUCUUGAUCAUGUUCUGAGAGAAGGGAAAGAGAUUGGGCUGAAGAACAGAGAGAGGAAGCUUUACACUAAUAACAAGAACAUGUGGUCCGCUUGGAGGGAAGGGUUAACAUGGUGUAGUGUUCCUUUUAACCAUCCUGCAACGUUCGAGACUUUGGCUAUGGAUCCUCAGAAGAAAGAAGGUAUUAAGAAGGAUCUGAUUAAGUUUAGCAAAGGGGAAAGUUAUUACAAGAAGGUUGGGAAGCCGUGGAAGAGAGGUUAUCUCUUGUUCGGUCCUCCUGGGACAGGGAAGUCGACUAUGAUCUCUGCAAUGGCGAAUUUCUUGGAGUAUGAUGUGUACGAUCUUGAGCUAACGACUGUGAUUGAUAACUCCGACUUGAAGAGGUUGUUGUUGGACACGAAAGGGAAAUCUAUUAUUGUGAUUGAAGAUAUUGACUGCUCGCUUGGUCUUACGGGACAGAAGAGGAAGAAAAAGGAGGAGGAGGAGGAAGAAGAAGAAGACGAAGGAGAAGAGGAGAGGAAGAGGAAAGUUGAGAGGCUGUUACAUGAAGAUAGAGAUCGGAGCAAGGUUACUUUGUCGGGGCUGUUAAACGCCAUUGAUGGGUUGUGGUCAGCUUGUAGUGAUGAGAAGAUUAUGGUUUUUACUACGAAUUUUGUGGAUAAGCUUGAUCCGGCAUUGAUCCGCAGAGGAAGAAUGGACAAUCAUAUUGAGAUGGCUUAUUGCAGGUUUGAAGCUUUUAAGGUUUUAGCUAAGAACUACUUGGAGGUCGAGUCACAUGAUCUGUAUGGAGAAAUCGAGAGGUUGCUUGAGGAAACCGACAUGACUCCUGCUGAUGUUGCUGAGAAUUUGAUGCCGAAAUCUGAAGAAGAAGAUGCAGAUGUUUGCCUUAAGCGUUUGGUUGAGUCUUUGGAGGAAGAGAAAGAGAAAGCUAGGAAGUUGGCUGAGGAAGAAGAGAAGAAAAAGGCAAACAAGAAAGUCAAGAAGAAAAACAAGAAACCAGAGGAAGCAGAGAUUGAUGAAACCCUAAGCGAUGUAAACGUAGCGAAGCAUGUCAUUGAAGCCAUCAUGCUCGCAAGGAAGUAG